AAAAGACAUCGUGAAUCCUUCGAAUUUGGAGACUGGAUGAGAAUUUAAAUGAAACUCUUCUUUUUUUGUGAGUCGAAAAAAUCAUUUGUGAGACAAAAAAAAUUGACUUCUUUGAUUUAGUUUUCAAGUCGCGUAAUAGACUCAUCGGGAGUGUUGUUGAAAGAAGACGACGUCAAUAUAUAUGAAGAAAGAUAAGAAAUACAUUGGUACAUGGUACUUGGUUAUUGAGGAGGUCAAAUUCUAGGUGGGGAUGCAUUUGGGUGCAAAUGUAAUUUUUAUACUAUUGCUUUAUUGUCACUAAAAACAUGACACGCGUUCAUUGUAUAUAAAAGCCCUGUCGAUCUGAUCAUCAGACAUCAGUUCUUCUGUGAUCUUUUUAUCAAAAACAUGGCUCAUAAGAUUAUUAUUUUCUUGGGUCUGGCAGUUUUUUCACAGGGAGCACUGGUACAAGUUGCUCAACCUGUUCGUGUAGUUGAAUCGAUACCAGUAGCUGAUGUCAAUAAUUAUGAUGAUACAGUUCCACGUUAUAGUUUUGCAUAUGAUGUUCAAGACGCAAUAACUGGCGAUUCAAAAGCACAAUACGAAACUAGAAAUGGAAAUAUUGUUCAGGGUAGUUAUAGUCUUAUUGAAAGUGAUGGAACAAGAAGAACGGUUUCAUAUACAGCUGAUGAUGUCAAUGGAUUCAAUGCUGUGGUUAGCAAGGAACCUGUAGUUGCAGCAAACAUUGCAACUCCAGUAGCUACAUCACCACUAGUUCCAGUGGCAGGAAUUUCGCCAGUGAUUCCUGAUGUUUCAUUGGCUGAAAAUUCUCCAGCAGCAUCCAAUGGACCAGUUCCAACAAUCCCAUCGAGUGGACCAGAUUCGGAUGUCGAGGUGGUUGAAGCAAGAUCGGGACGAUUGAUUGCUGGACAAUCACAAAAUUUGCGAGUGAAAUCAAGAAUUAAUAAUUCUCCAAUUACAAAUUCAGAGCAAUAUCAGAAACAAAUGGAAUAUGUUCCAGUGAGAGCUCGUGCUACAUCUGUUGUUCCAGUUGGUAAAAAUUUUCAAAGAAUUGUCAAUGUACCAGAAUCUCGUCUCACUUAUCCGGCAUAUUCAACUUAUUCGUCACCAUUUGCAUUUGCAAAUCCCUCUGAAGGAUUCACUUAUACAUACCUUUAAUCUUAUUGUAUAUGAACAUUUUUUGAAAUAAAUAUAUAUGUAUCGCUUUAUAUCGUAUAAUAAUAAAUAUUAUAUUUUUACAA